UUCCUUCUCCAUCAAUGCAUCAAGCCACAGCAAUUGACGCCGUCGACGCACUCUUAUACUAAUAUGAUCAUGAGUGAUCCCAGUGACAGUUACAACUUAUACUUAUCUUCCUGCUGAAUCAGUGCUCACAUGUGGUUCCUGAUUACUGUGGAAAUUUUAGACUUGAUGAUGCCUUGGCGAUGUCAAUCGGGGUUGUCUCCGAACGAGCACCUCGUCUGGUGUCAUGGAACGCGAUAAACAAUCGGACGUCCUUGACUCUCUUCUCCAAAAGCAGAACGAAAUUCUUGACGUCCUUAAGCGCUCAGAACUAGAGAAAGCGGACAAAGACGUCCGAUCACAGUUCUGGGAAACAUAUGAGGUGGUAGCAGGGGAAGUCGACAGCGAGUUCCUGGAGCGGUACAAUGGUGAUAUCGAUAUCAUCCCUACUUUCGCGGGUCUCUUUUCAGCUGUCACCACCUCCUUCAUAAUUGCGUCACAACCUAAUGCAGAAGACACCACCAACGCACUGCUGACCCAACUCAUAUUACUCGCGGCAAAUGGUACUUCAGCACCCCAGAGUAUUACGCUUCCGCAACCAGCAGGAUACUCGUCUAGUGAUGUUUGGGCUCAAAGCCUAGCCUACGCCAGUCUUUUACUUAGCCUCUUUGCUGCCUUUGGUGCCAUCCUGGGCAAACAGUGGUUAGGCUAUUACAAGUCCAACAGAUACGGUCAUGGCUCAAUGGAGGAACGUGGAAGGAGACGGCAACAGAAGAUGGAAGCACUAAGGACGUGGUACUUUGAUGCUGUGGUUCAGUCAUUCCCGGCGUUGUUGCAACUUUCGUUGUUCCUUUUCGGUACCUCCCUCGCCAUCAACAUGUGGUCUCAGCAACAGACCAUCGCACGUGUCAUUAUCUGUAUCACAUUACUUGGCGUUACGCUUUAUGGAUUCACCGUCUUCGCAGUCCCUCAUGUCCUCGGAUUGUCCCUUUCAAACGCCUGUGUCUGUCGUCAUCAGGCUUACUUGGCAACUCAUAGGAAUUCGCGUAGUACAGUUCUACGAUCUAUGCCAUUUGCGAUAUGCUCCGCGAUACAUUGGGUUAGGCGUGACGCUCGGAAAGUCGCUUCUUACAGGACUCGCUAG